AUGAGCUCUCUUCUGGCCCUUUCCUGCCUGGGCAAGGAAGCGCCCUCCCAGCCUCGCUGGGCGUCGCCGUCUCCCGAAGCCGCCUUCCGGUCUUCCUCCACUCCCUCUCGAUGGCCCGCGUUGGUCGCUCUAGGCCGACAUCCGGGUCUAGGGUGCGCAGCGCCUCGCGUCUCUAUGCCCGCGGGCGGCCUCUCUAGGCGUCGGGGGCGGAACCUCGCUGGAGGGCGGGUCGGGGCAAUGGAGUCGCUGCGCAAGUCUCUGCAGGCUGUCGCGGUGCUGGGCGCCGGCGCCGGCCUUGGGGUCUUCCUCUUUGUGCUCGUGACCCCUGGGGAGCAGCGGACGCGCGACCUGCUCAAGGACAUCCAGGAGAAGAACCCGCAGCACUUGGACGAGGCGACCAAAAGUAAGAUACUGUGGAUGGACACGCUCCGGGAGGCCGCUGAGACUCAGGAGAAUGUGGCCUGGAGGAAGGACUGGAACCGCCAGGCGGGUGGGAGGGCGGCCUGACCCCCUUUCCUCCGCCCCUAUCUUCUCUACUCCUCUGGGCGAUGGAGGGCUGAACCGGGCCUGGGGGUUCAGCACACGACUGAUCCGCCCCCACAAAAGGUGGCCGCCUCAUCCAAUUCCCUAGUGUGGAAUAAACCUAAGGUUGUUUUUUUUUUUUAA